AUGGAAACACCUCGCAUCAGUCAAUUAUUACCUACAAUUAAAUGUAGUAACUGUGGAAUAACUGUAGAGUUGAGAAGACUUGCCGAGCAUAUUUGUGAAGAAGCACCAGCCAUGCCUGAAAUGCCCAGCCAAUAUAGAAAACCAUUAAAACAAGAUAAUAAUAUUUCAACCCGUUCAAAUCGUUCACCACGUUCACCACGUCCAUUUUAUGAUGCGCCACUUUCAUCAGAUUCUGGAUAUUCAAGUAAUAGUAAUAAUUAUGCUCCACAGAAGCAAAGUAAUAAUAAUAAUUAUGCCCCACUGCAACCAUCAACUCCUACCUCUAGUACAUUUUUAAAUAAAUAUGCCGCAGCCAAGGAUCCUUACAAUACUCAAACAUCAAGAGAUCCUCCUUAUGCACAAGUUUAUGAUAAUGAUAGUUACCAGACGCAAACACCAAAACAAUUUGAUAGUUAUGACAAUAGACAAAACAAUAAUAUUAAUAACAACAGGUAUCCUUCUACCACCUCCUCCUCAUCUUCUAAUUCAAAUGACAAUUAUAGCUAUGAUGGCAGAGAUUAUCCGCGUACUACAAAUGAAUUAAGGGUGCGUGAUCGAUCACCUGGAAAUUAUGAUAGGUCCAAUAAUGGUAAACCUAAUGGUUACGACUCUCCUUAUGAUAGACAACCACAAAUAUCUCGUAAAAAUGCACCAGACAAUCAAAUCGACAAGUUGUUGAAUGAUUUGAUAUCAGAAAUGGAUAAUACAAAUAUAUGUGCAUAUUGUGAUUCUAAAAUCAAUUCAUCACCGAUGUGGGCACUUGAUAAAGCAUGGCAUCCACAUCAUUUACUUUGUACAAGUUGUCAAAAACCAAUUGAUCCAAAUGAAGGUCAUGUUGAAAAAAAUGGAAAAGUUUAUUGCCCAAGAGAUUAUGCAGAAAAUUUUUUACCAAAAUGUCGUAGAUGUGGAUUAUCAGUAGAAAAAGAAGCAGUUAGUGCAAGCGAUGGUAAAUUGCAGGGAAAGUGGCAUGUGGAAUGCUUCAAUUGUCAUAGUUGCUAUAAACCAUUUCCUGAUAAAUCGUUUUAUGUAUUUAACAAUGCACCAUAUUGUAAAAGACAUUAUCAUAAACUCAACAAUUCACUCUGCAGACAAUGUGAUGAUCCGAUAGAAGGACCAUGUGCGCAAACAGUUGAAGGAUGGAGGUAUCAUCCUCGUUGUUUUGUCUGUAUUAAUUGUGCAAUUCCACUUACAGAUAUUUAUUAUAGCUUUGAGAAUCAACAAUAUUGUGAGACACAUAUAUUGGAGAUUCAACGAAGGCGUAAGAUUAGAGCAGAGAAGAGAAUGACAAUCGCAGUAUUACCAGUACAAUCGGUAGCUAUUCUACCCAAACAUUCAUCUCUAGAUACUUUUCUGGCGGCUUCAAUACAGAGUCAUUUUGUAAAAAAAAGAGCUACAAUAGAAAUAAAAGAUGAUAAUCCUUCAACUAUAACCAUUGUAACUGCAACAAAAACAGAAAUAACUACAACUGUAACAAAUACAGUAACAACUCACCACAAUGCUGUUAUUAAAAAGGAUGACGGAAAUGAUUCAAUGAAUGCGUCAGAUUUAUAUUCUAGCACAUUUCAAUCAAAUGCGAGCCCAAGUGAUGAUCCAGCUAAACAUCAAGAUUUAAUAAACGAGGAAAGGUUUAUGGAAGAAGAAAGGACUAUUCAUAGAGUUAUUGUGGUAUUGUGUUCAUUGGGGGUCUCGCUUUUUUUGGUUGCAAUUGCUAUUGGAAUUCUCUAUUUAAAAGUUCGUAAACAACAAAAAUUAGUUAAAAAAGCAAUACAAAUCCACACCCCGCGAUCGUUAUCCAAUAAUGUAGAACCCUCUGCACCAUCUGUAGAUAAAUUAGAAAGUGAUGAGAUAACGUUGGAUGAUGAAAUACUAAUUGAAGAAACAUCAAAUCUCGGAUAUCCUACCAUUUCUUGUGCACCACCUGCUUAUACUCCAUCAGCGCCUUCAAUAUACUCACUACCGCAUGUCCCUAUACCUGAAUUCGAUGGUACGAUAAGAGAUAUAAUAUUAUACAUGGGUGGUAAUACUUAUAUUGCUUCUUCAUCAGGAACGUCAAUGCCUAGAUCUACCUUUAUUAGAAUGGCUGCUUUACCAUCUUCUGUUGCUUUUCCACCUAUGAAUACUGAUGCUUGGUAUACAAAUAAGAUGGGAACUAAUACUUCAAUUAUCUUAUCACCUGAUUCAUUUGGAAAUUUAUGUUCAACUACCACCACUAAUUCUUGUUUGCUUCCUCAAGAUUAUUUGACUACAACUGCUACAAAUGAUCAUAUGGUUAUUCCAGAUUAUAAUAAAUCUUUUAUAAAUAUCCCUCCACAAAUAAACAAUAACGACAAUGUGAAUAAUAAUGAUGCAUUUUUAAAUUUUAAUGUCAACGAUACUAAUAAUAGUAUUCUUGUUAAUGAUAGCAACAAUAGCUCAAUUAAAAAACAACAACUUUUAAGAUUAGCAGAAAAAGUAGGAGCCAAAGAUCUUACUACACCUAUCAUACCAAAACUAAAACAUCCAUUAUCGAAGGAGCAGAUUCGAUAUUUAAAUAUGGAACAUGACUCACGUAUUGACAUGAUUCCAUGUUUACAUCUCAGGUCAAGAAUGAUACAACAUAGUACAAAGUAUGAUCUUUACGAGUUGUGUGAAAUAUUAAUCAACAAAGCUAAAUGUCAUGGAGACCCACUUGAUACCGAUUCUUGGGAACUUCCUGAUGAAAUCUUUCAAAAGUAUAGUUAUUUGACAUUCAAAAAAUGUCAAAUCAAAAGUCUUUUAUAUAAACGAGAUGGUGCAAUACCUAAAGAUUUUAACGCAUUAUUUGAAAAUGGUAUGUGA